AAUGAUGGGGGUUCAGAACCUUCAGAGAGAAGGGUGAGGGUCCCCAUCCAUAGCCUAAAAUACUACAAAAACAAAACCAUCAUGAUAAGUUGAGGACUAAUGUGAACUCCACCAACUUCUCCUUCAUUAAUUCAUAUAUAUUCUUCGCUUUACUCUCUCUCUCACUUGGAAGCCUGGCUAGCCCACCUAGCCUCUCUCUCUUUCUCUCUCUCCAUUUUAUAAGUUGAACUUUGCUAACUCAAGCGUGUUUGAAACCUUAUUCUCCAAUUAUAAGUCACCCCAUAGAUCUCUCUCCUCGGUGAGAAAAACUCACACAAUGAAGACCAACCCAAAAUCAGAACCACCACUUAUAUUCCUUCUAAUCCUCUCACUGUUGUUGCCACCGUGUCUAUCAUUCAGCAACAAUGCCUCAACCGCAACUAAAACUCUCCCUCAUCAAUUCAAAGAAGCCCCUCAAUUCUACAACUCCCCAAGUUGCCCCUCCAUUUCCGACAACAUUAACGACGACACUGACUCAUACAUAUGCUCCGAGGAAGCUGUACACGUGGCAAUGACACUCGACACAACCUACAUUCGGGGCUCCAUGGCAGCCAUCCUCUCAGUCCUCCAACACUCUUCGUGUCCCCAAAACAUCUUCUUCCACUUCGUAUGCUCCUCCAGCGCGUCCCUCCUACGCGCCACGCUUUCCAAAUCCUUCCCAUACCUUAAAUUCCAACUCUACAACUUCGACGCCUCCAUCGUCUCAGGCCUCAUCUCCACCUCAAUUCGCUCAGCACUAGAUUGCCCUCUAAACUACGCGCGUAGCUACUUACCCAACCUCAUUCCACUGUGCGUUAAGCGCGUGGUGUAUCUUGACUCGGACCUUAUUUUAGUCGAUGACAUAACAAAACUGGCGGAAACCCCAUUAGGAGAAAACAAUGUUUUAGCAGCACCUGAAUAUUGCAACGCAAAUUUCACCUCGUAUUUUACUCCAACAUUUUGGUCGAACCCUUCUUUGUCACUAACGUUUGCGAACCGAAAGGCUUGUUAUUUCAACACGGGGGUGAUGGUGAUUGAUCUAGAGAGGUGGCGCGUGGGGGAUUACACGAGGAAGAUAGAGGAAUGGAUGGAGCUUCAGAAGAGGAUGAGGAUCUAUGAGUUGGGUUCGUUGCCACCGUUUUUGCUAGUGUUUGCUGGGAACAUAGUUGCGGUGGAUCAUAGGUGGAACCAACAUGGGUUAGGUGGUGAUAAUUUUCGUGGUCUUUGUAGGGAUCUUCACCCUGGCCCUGUGAGUUUGUUGCAUUGGAGUGGGAAGGGUAAGCCAUGGGUUCGAUUGGACGCUAAUAGGCCUUGUCCUUUGGAUGCACUUUGGGCACCUUAUGAUCUAUUACACACACCCUUUUCUUUGGAUUCUUAAAAAAGUUUAAAUUCAAAUGUGAAUUUUGGAUCCUUGUAUGUGUAAUGUAAUAUAGAUAUAUGCAAAGCUUUCUGCUUGGACAUGGGAACAUGGCAUGAACAGAGGAUGGAUGGAGAAGGAUUCAUUUGCUCAUCCGGCAAAGGAAAUUCAAAUGUAAUUGAAAUAUACUCUUUUUCAAGUUACGGAAAAGUGGUCUUCUUUUCGACAGCCACUAAUUGCAAGUGAAAUUUAAUUUUGAUACCUUUCGACUUUUUGUAUGAUUGAUAUAUAUUGUAACAAGUAAUAACUUUGUAUAUAGCUAAAGAGCUGCAUUUUUGGAUGCUGUCUCCAGAAUUUUGUUUUUCGAUUUCUA